AUGGACAACUCGGCUCUUGCUCGAGUGGAAGAACAACGACUUGAGCUUGAAGCCAACAUCGCCAAACUACGCAAAUCGUUGCGUCACUGGCAGACACUUGAGCUCGAUUAUGAGGGUCUAAAGGAAGAAUUUCUGGGCCUGCCAGAUGAUUCCUCCGCUGAAGAAUGUCUGCAGGCGGCGAAGGAUUUCAAGCCAGAGGUAGUCGAUGACAAGGAGCUGAAAGAGCUACUUGUGGAUGCCAGAGCACGGCCUCGACAACCUGCCCAACUGAUAGACCUCUUGUCUAAGCGGGUUGAUUAUGUCUCGCGGAACAUCGAGACAGUCCGAAAACAGCUCUCGGAUGCCGAACGGAAGAGAAACGCUCUCCUGCUCGCUGGGGAGCCAGACCAUCAGGAGGAUGCGGGCCUUCCACUUGCAGAGAUCACCGAGGAGCUGGACGAGUCGGGCCAAGUAAUAUCGGGCAAGGUGCAGACCCCCGGCUCGUCCGCACCUCAGCUGAUAGACGUUUUAAAGAAGGCUGGCAUUGAAGAUCUGGAAGAAAAGGACGGCAAGAUUACGAGGGUGGACUCUGCAACAGGAAGCAAUGCGGAAACAGGUCCGUCCACCAAAUCGGCUCAGCCAGAAGUCCCGACUGUUGCCCAAUCCGACGGACAGUCCUCCAUUGAGCCUGCCACAAAAGUCAACGACCAUGUGGAAGAUGUCCCUAGUAGUAAUCCUACGGACACGGAGACUGAAGCCAGACUCCGUCGAGAGAUGUGGGAAUACUCAAGAGGCAUGGAUGAAGUUGGCGCCAUCGUUGCGGAGCUUGAUCUGGAAGACAAUGCCUCUGAUAUUUCUUACGACGAGCAAGAUGAGGCGUUUGAGCUGGAUUCUGACUUUGAAGAAGACGAUGUUCUCGACGAGGACGAGUCCGAGGACGAAACCGGAAAGAGUACUCAUCGACUCACUAUUCCACGCGGCUAUCGAAAGAGAAUGGAGGAACUGCAGGAGAAACUUGGUCUGAAGAACGUGGGUCCUCAAGCGGCCUCGGAGCUGGUCGAAGAGACACUGAAGCCGGAACAACGUCCGCCAGCGGCCGAAGCUGCGCGACAGGCUGCAAUCGCCAGGGCAGAGAAUGCCAGGAAGAGCAGUUUGAAGCCUGCGAUGCAGCGAUCGUCUUUGGGACAAGCGGGAGUGAAGCGUGGAAAGUCGAGCAAAAAGAAGGUUGCCUUCUCUUCCGACCUGGAUAUUGCUAGCGAACCUGCGAUUGAUAGAGCCAACACGGCCACUCCGACAACACCUCAGAAGACUUCAGACACGCCUAGAGUUCGACCGAUCAACGAAUCCAUUGUUGAGAGGGAGGUCGUUUCCGUUGAUGAGGAAGCUGUUGCACCGGCUCCGACAGCCACUGCCGGAAAACAGUCUCGUUUCAAAGCCGCACGACAGUCACAGCCACAAACGCCCAUGUUCGCUCCUCCAAUGACUUUGCCAGAUGUUUCGUCCGGGCGCGUUCAAGGCCAACCGACUUCCCCGACUCCCCCCUCAAAGAUUGUCUCUCCAAGUCUUGUCGAACGUCCGUCCACCACCGACGCUGCAGCCCCUGAUCCCGAUGAUUUCUCUGAAGAGGCCCACCGUCGCGAGAUAGCGUUAGAAUACCAACGACAGCGUAUGAAGCGCAUUCAUGCCCAGGAAAAUGGGUUUCUGGGCAACGGGGAAGAGGACAAUUACGGGGAAAUGAUCACCCCUGGCAGGGGGGGAGAUGGCGAAGAUGGGAAUGAGAAGAAGAUUAGCAGGUUCAAAGCCGCCAGGAUCAAUCGAUAG